GCGGCCGUACCUUCAACCUCAUUGGCCGUGUACAAGCGGUGCAAAAUUGCGUGUGAAAGUGCGCUUCGAUUAUCAUUGUUCGCUCAAAACCAAUCUUAUCGGAAUGGAUUCGACAGAACGACAUUGAAAUCCCUUCCCAGAAGGCAAUCGUAAUCAGCAACAAACAAAAGCCACCUCCUUAGUAUUGUCACUGCUGCUGCUUGGGGAAAUCCACGAAAGAAAAGUCGUGUGACUAGAGCGCUGCUGUAUCAAGUCGAUCGUGUGUUGUGUGUGUGCUGUAGUGUGACAGAGGUAAUGAACCAAGGGGAAAGUGACCCCAAAUGACGACAAAUAGUUUGAUUAGAAUCUUCCUGUUGAAAGCCUGGAAGGAAAAGCAACGGCACCCCGUGCGGAAUGUACUGAACACACUGUUUCCGGUUGUGGUCAUCGCAUUGUAUGCGUUCAGUCGAUCCGGAUUUCAACGGGGCGGUGCGGCCAAGGGAAGCUUCGAUGAUGCUCCGAUUCAGCUGUCCAGGGUUUCGUCCGAGGACGACGUCGUCAGUGCGUAUCCAACCGGUAGCUAUAACAAACUCCUGUACGCUCCGGACAAUAACUUUACCAAUGAUCUUAUCGAGCUGGUCCGCCAGAAGCUGUUCAUCACCUAUACGCAGGUGGAGCUCUUCGCGACGGUUGCCGAUAUGGAACAGGCGCUGCUGUUUCAACAGGACUUUUACGCCAUCGCAUUCGAUCGCAACUCGUCCACAGCGUACCUGUCCUACACGAUCCGUAGCAAGAAUAACAACUUUCGCACCGACGAAGUAUACUCCCGGGAUGUAUACACCAGUUACCUGAAGGAUCGGAACGAGUACUUCGAGAGCGGUUUUCUGGCGUUGCAGUACGGGAUUGAGAAAUCCUUUGUGCAGAUGCGCACCGGCCUGUCCAAUGAUGCGCUUCCGGAGUUCUACUAUGAGCACAUCCCAGUGGCGGGAGGAAGGCCCCAGGAGUCGUCGGAAAUUUUUGUUAUAAAUAUCUUGCUGGCAGUGUUCGUGUCCGUGGCGUGUACUUAUCUGCUCUUGGUUCCCCUGGUAGAAGAGAAGGCCUCCGGAAUGAAGGAAUACUUGAAAAUUGCGACAUCGUGUAGCUAUUGGAACGAAAUAGCCAUUUUUGUGACCAACUUCCUUCACCUGACCUUGAUUGUGGUUCUGUGCAUGCUGAUUACAGUCUUCGCCAACAUUUGGGAAGUGACUGCAGCGCAGAUGGUGAACGUCUCUGUGUUACUAUUUCUGUUUGUGAUCUGUUCGAUAAGCUUCACGUUCUUCAUCAGCGCCUUGCUGGAAUCGGUGACAAUUUCGACGAUUGUGGCACCGAUCUGCUACUUUGUUCCGGUCGUGAUUGCUUCGGCCCAGAAGCGGUUCGAACUACUGCUGACCGUAUUUCCCAUGGCCGGGUUCAAAGUGGGAGUAUCGGUUCUGCAUGAUUAUCAAAACAGCUGGCAUAGCUUUAGGGCGGUCGAUGCCUUUCGGUCCGGUUAUCCGGGGAAUGAAAACAUGAGUCUGUUUGGCGUUAUGGCCAUGCUUAUGUUUGGAACAGUCCUGUGGAUCUUUCUUUGGUUCUACCUGACGAACGUGCGCCCCGGGCAGUAUGGAACGCCGAAGUCGUGGACGUUUCUAUUCUCGAAACAGUAUUAUCAAAAAGGUAAAAACAAGAUCAACAACACGCAUAACCAUGACCCUACCAUGAGCAUCGCAGACGAUAGCGGAGGUUCCACCAGGGGUGCCAUGGAAAAUGGUGAUCAUCUCGAGAAGGUAGUGAAAAUCACAAACCUGAACAAAAUUUUCAAAACAUCGUUUGGGACACGAGUUGCCGUCCGAGAUCUAUCGCUGAGGAUUUACAAAAACAGAAUCACCGCAUUGCUCGGGCAUAACGGAGCCGGGAAGACUACUACCAUGAACAUAAUUACCGGAAUGACGCCCCGUACGUCCGGACGGAUCGAGGUGGAUGGAGAGGACAAUUCCGCCAACUAUCGCCAGCAGAUUGGUUUCUGUCCGCAGCAUAACGUCGCCUUGGGGUACAUGAACUGUCGCGAGCAUUUGGUUUUCUUUGGAGCCCUUCGGGGAAUGAGCAUGAAGGAAGCAGAACAUGAGGCGGAUCAGAUCCUGGAAAAGGUCAACCUAACGGACAAAAGCGACGAAAUACUGGCAAACCUCUCUGGGGGAAUGAAACGAAGAAUGUGCUUGGCCAACGCGAUCAUCGGACGAACGAAACUUUUGAUCCUUGAUGAACCCACGUCCGGGUUGGAUCCCGAGUCGAGACGAGACAUCUGGGACAUUCUGUUAAAGCUGAAGAAAGAUCACACUAUUCUGAUAACCACGCAUUUCAUGGAGGAAGCCGACGUCCUGGGAGAUUGGAUUGCAAUCAUGGAAAAUGGAGAGCUGAUCGCGUUUGGUACGUCUAUUUUCCUCAAGCACUACUAUGGCAAGGGUUAUACGUUGAAGCUGCUGAAAACGGCGACGUUCGACCGGGUCAAACUAAUGGAUAAGAUAAGCGAGCACAUCAGUGGUGCGGUUGAGAAACCGGCCGUAGAACCGGUGUUUGCCGUUACGUUACCGUACAUCUGUUUGGAACAGUACGCUCCGCUGCUGCAGGAACUGGAGGAUGGGAAGGAAGCGUACGGCAUCGAUUCGAUCAGCGUGUCGAAUGCGACGUUGGAGGAGGUGUUUUUGAAUUCAUCCUCGAGCAACAAGGCCCUGGAACAUGCACGGAGCAUCGAUGUCGUCGAUUCACCCAGCCGAUAUGAACGCUCCGAAGUCAAUGACAUUCAGUCGACGAAACCACGCGAAAGCUUGCUCCUAAAGCUACAACUGGUGUCUCAGUACAAAGCGAUCGCGUACAAGAAAUACCUUCACAUACGGAGAAACCUUCACAUCUACGGCUUCAUGUCGGUGCUUCCGAUCGCAACGGCAGUCCUGUGCUUUGUCCUAAGUGGAGGUUACACGAAAACCGACUACGGCAUCGUCAAGUUGCACCAUUCCACCGUAGCCGGAGCCUUCGCGGUGAUCAUCUUGAACGGUAACGAUCGGCCGAUCGACUUUGCCGCGAUCAAGAACCAAACCUACUUUCGGGAGCUGGACCUGAUCAUGCUGGAGGAGCAGAACAUCGAAGACUAUCUAGUACAGGAAGCGCGGCGAGAUGAGAUGCGCUAUCGCCAUCGGUUGAUAGCGGCCAUCGAGUUCAACGUAUCCGAACGAAGUCUGAAGAUGCUGCACAAUAAUAAUCUAUUGCACAGCGCUGGGAUUGCCGCUAACAUUGGAAGCAAUUUGCUUCUGCACUACUACGGCUAUCCGGAGGCUGAAGUGAUGGUGAAGAACAGCCCUUCGACGAGAAGGAUGCAGCUGGACUCGAUCACGCCGUACGUCUUCACCGAGGCGAUCGCUAUAGUAUUCAUGCUCUACGUCUUGCAAUUUCUGCAGCUUCCUUAUCUCGAGGCAUCCACCGGAUUCAAGCAGCUUCAGAACAUCCAUCGUUACGUGUACUGGAGUGGUUCAUUUUUGGUAGACUUUCUGCUCCACGUCAUAAUCUGUCUUCUGGUGUUCAUGUUCGCUUACGGUUUGGAUCGUGAUAGGCUCUUCACCAGCACCGAGCAUCGUCAGAUUCUCACCAUCCUGCUGCUGUACGGGAUCGCGGCCUUACCGAUGAUCUACAUCAUCAGUCAGUGCGUAGACAAAAUGGAUACGGCCGUUACCUUCAUGAGCUAUCUUAUGAUCUUCGGAGUUUGCGGAGUGUUCCUUCUCUCCGAUGGGUAUGAUCAUAUUAACGAUAAUGAUGCUCUGAUAUUCCUGUUUCAUGUGGUUCCGGAAUUCGGCCUGAAACACUCGCUGCGGGUGAUUUACGAGAAUCAAAAGUUGACAAAAAUCCAAGCUCUGCUGAACGAGAAUGCGAUGGACACUCGUACCACUUCGGUCAUUUCGCGACUGAAUCUGACCUACGCGUACUGCAUGAUGCCGUUGAUGAUGAUCGCUCUGAUGUUGAUGCUUAAUGAAGUGGUGGAGAACAUCUACCGGAAGGGAGUGAUAGUGGAGCGAAAGGUGCGAAGCGGCAAGCUCUUAAAGAAAUACUGCAGAAGACAACGCAGGAAAGGGAUUGAUCAACCGGAUUCCAACUACGAAAUGAUGGCCGCGGAAGUGGACGACGAUGUGGAUGCGGAGUCCAAGAUGGUGUGCGAUAUGGUUUCGAAGGAACCGCCGGAUUUUGCUUCGCAUACAAUUGCGGUUCAUAGUUUGAAGAAGAGUUACCUGGACCUGCCGGCGGUCAAGGGAGUGAGCUUUGCUGUGAAGCGAGGCGAAUGCUUUGGAUUGUUAGGUAUGAACGGAGCCGGUAAGACCAGUACGUUCCAGAUGAUCACUCGAAAUCUCCCGAUCUCGGAUGGGACGAUCUACCUGAACGAACGGGACGUAAAACGUUCAGUAGAACGAGACUACCGGUCCCAGUUCGGCUACUGUCCCCAGGGGGACGCUCUGUUGGACUUCAUGACCCCGUACGAGCUGAUCCGAUACAGUGCAAUGGUUAAGAAUGUGCCGAACAUAGAUCAUCUAAUCAGUCUGUGGUUGACGGAUUUGGACAUUCUUCCAUUCGCCCACAGCCGAAUUAACGAAUGUUCCGGUGGAACGAAACGAAAAGUCAACACGAUUCUAGCCAUGCUGGGCAAUCCGUCGAUUGUGUUCCUGGAUGAACCCACGACAGGAGUCGAUCCCAAAUCACGCCACUUUGUGUGGAGCCGGAUAAAGGCACUCCAGAGACAGGACCAAACCAUCAUUCUGACCUCGCACAGCAUGGACGAGUGCGAGGAGUUGUGCAAUCGGUUAUCGAUCAUGGUCGGUGGGCAACUGCGUUGCAUAGGGUUCAUCCAGCGAUUGAAGGAAAAGUACGGCAAAGGAUUCAACCUGUUGCUCAAGCUCAACGACGGAGAGUCCCAGGCAAGUUGCGAUUUGAUAAAGGAAAUCCAACAGCGCUUCGGAUGUGAACUGAAGGAGGAGCACGAUGGUAUGUUGAAAUUCCUCAUUCCGGACCCGGUAAGACUUUCUGAACUUUUCCGGGAGAUGAACGCCCUGAAAGUGGACUACAAUGGCCUUAUAAAUAGUUUUUCAAUCAACGAAACAUCACUGGAGGACAUAUUCCUCAACUUCAGGCCGACUCUGUCGACUUCCCGGGUUUGUCAGUUGCAAGAGGUUGUGUAGCUGUUUUUUUUUUACCAAAAAUAUUGUCUGUGUAGGGAUAGUGAAAUACACCCCCCCGUCUCCCAUUACCAUACUACGUAUAUUAGGAAAUAUGGAAUAAUGGUCUUUUAUAUAAUUGGCAGCAUUCCAAACGGCACACGCGCACCGUAUCAUACGAAUCUCACCUUCAUUUUGAACGUUGACGUAGUUAUCACCGACACGUUCCACAUAUGCAAAACCACUUACUGUGUAUGAUCACCAUAAGCACUUACUGUGUAUGAUCACCAUAAGCACUGAUUUUUAAAAACACAACCACCAUCAACUGGACUCUAUCCACCCCACACCGUGUUCUCGAAAUCCAGAAGAGAUUUUAUCCAGGCCAAAGCUUUGAAUAAGUAGAAUUAAUCAUUGAAUUGGUGAUAUUUCUUUUGAUCCUGUGUUCAGUUUGAUUUGAAGUUGGAAACUCAGUUAGGGGAGACUUGAUUCCCCAAGGAUUAGACACACUUAAGGUAGGACUUAGUUCAGGACACCUAUUUUUACCACAAUUCUGCACCUAUUGUUAGCGAAGUUGUGCAACUGAUCGCUCAUAUCUCGUGAUCAGAACAUUUUAACGAGAAAUCCCUGCAAUCAAUCAUUGGUCAUCGGUACAUCGUUUAUCUAUCGAUUGAGCAAAAAAUUGACGAACACUUGCUUUUGCUUAUAAGAAAACGGGGAGUUUCUGUGGUGAAAAAUAGUGAUUUCCCUACCACAGAUUUCAGAAUUCAGUACAUAGCACUGAAAAAACCGGACGGUAUACUUAUGUAUGCUUUUAGCACCUUUUAGAUUAGAGAUUUUAGAUUUAGAAUUGUAAGUUCCUCCUUUUAUGCAUACUCAAAAACAAAAAAAAAUGCUUCUUAAGUCCCGCCCCUAAUAGGAAUUCCCGAUUUUUUUUUUCUGAUUGGAGUGGGGCUUAGGAAAUAUUUAUUUUGAGAAUGAGAAUGCGAACCAUUACUUGACCUUACCGAAAAUGGUUAAAAAUUGUUUAUAAUCCCUGCUAAACUUUAACUGAAAUGAUUAUGGAACUCAUGGACGUUUGUGUGAUAAAGUUUUAACCUUAUGUAUUCAGGUUUUUUGGAAGUGAACCUUACAAAUAAUGGGUUGUUAAGAACCGUUACCAUUCCAAAUUCUUGUUUUGUUUUUGGGAGGUGACUUGAGUUUAGCAUCCGCUUUCAUCCGUGCUCUCAACUCCCUUGCUUCUUCCAAUUCUUUUUCCUUCAGCAAUAGCAUCCGCUUGGCCUCCUCUUCAUCCUUCAUCCGCUCCUUCUCGGUAUAGUCCACUAUCCCGAAUUUGUAGUAGUAAUACGCAUUGUUUUGCACUUGAAAACAGGCGGCUGCUGUUUUUCAGCAGCGCUUGCUCCCUCUACACUGUUCUUCUGGGCGUCCAGAGACGUCACAUCCAUCACCACCACCUCUUCUUCCAGGACAUCAACCACUUCUACUAAACCAGCGUACUUUUCCUCAUUCUGUUGUUGGUUUUCUUCUUCCGUUCGUUGUUGUACUAGCUGUUUUCGUUCCUUCCGCUUGGUGCAGGAAUUCAUCCGAUGCCCCUCCAUCUUACAAAGGAAACACACAUUUUUGUUACCUUGCUAGUAGAAUAUGUUCCCCUUUCAAUUGAGGAAAUUCAGCCAGUUGGAAAUCUCCUUUUGACGUAGGAUUACGUCUUUCGGGAACAUAUUGAGGGUGCAAUUUCAAUAAACCAAAAUCGAUCGCGUUUCGAAAAGUGGUCAGGUGUUGACCACUUAUAACUCUGUCAAUAGCGAAUGGAUAUGAAUUCUUAACAAGCCAAUUGAUUGGAAUGUUAUCUACGAAUCUGCUAAAAUGAACUUUUCAUCCAUUUUCAAGAGAUCACUAUUGAAAACUGCACGAAUGUUGCUGUAAUAAUGCAAACUAUCACCGAUUGACUGCGAAAAGCGCUUUCCCUAACACAGAUUUAAAAAUCGAAUUAACUCUGGUCUCACCGAACGGUGUGCAUUCAAUCACCGCGUGGUGUGAGUUGUGGUGUCCAGUGGUCAUCAUCAGCAGCAGCAGCAGCAGUGCUUUCGGCACGUGGCGUUGUAGAUUGUUCUCCAGCACACGACCAAAGGCUGAUCGCAAGUGUGAGAUGCAGCCCACUGAGCGGUCCAUUCGCCUAAGAUUGAGGAAGACGUUGCACCGCUACUAAUCGGAUUUCAGUUUCUCGUCAUGAGCCGUUGUUGGCCAUCUAUGCCAAGCGCGUCACUGUUCCAAACAACAUAGAGCUCGUCUGCCUUAUCUGUGUUAAACACCUUAAUAACUCAGCAUUACUCAAACAUCACGACAAAACGGGCAUUUUCAGGACUACCAUAAAUUUGUUAAAUAGUAUUUUCAAAUAGACCAAUCUACAUUGAUCGAUUCUAUUCAUCUACUCUCUCUUUCGUAAAUAACUCGGCUCCAAAAACAUGUUCAGCUGUCAUUAUCGUCUAAUACGCUUAAUAAUAGUUUCUUGAAUGCAGCCAAGUUAUCAACGAAAGAGAGAGUCGAUGAAGAGAAUCGAUCAAUAUAGAUUGGUCUAUUUGAAAAGUGACGCGAGACUUGUCAAGGUCAUCAAUCGGAUGUUAGUUCCCAUAAUUAUAAAUCUAUCAUAACAUGUAUUUUUAAGGCAACUUUGGGGGUACAAUUUCAAAAACCAAAGUCGGUCGCGGCAUAAAAGUGGUCUGAUUUUGAUCCAGAGAUGAUGAAUUUUGAUUCUUAAUACGCAAGCAAAUCAAUAGGGAAUUCUACGAAACAGUUAUAAUUUAGACUAUCAAUUUUCAAAAGGUAACUAUUGAAAAUUGCACGAAUAUACAACUGUUACUACGAUAAUUAAAAUAAUGAUCAAUGUUCUUAAUAAGAGGAGCUUAAAAUUUGCAUCGAUAAGCAUAAACGUAGGUACCGUCCGGUAUGCUCAGAUUCUGUGAUUGAUGUGUUUUCCCUACCACAGAUUUAAUUUCCGAGUACCAAAAUUAAUAGGCACUUCAAUCUCUUCAAAUUUCUACAAUUGUAGUACGAAGUAAGUGAUAUUUGAGAAAUAAUUUGUGAGUAUAUCGAUAUAGCCAUGUUGCAGCAUUUGGUAACACAAUAGGCAGAGGUAGCUCUAAGACUAGUAGGUCCCGAAGAAACGUGCUCAGCUUCUUGGCUCAGCUCUGGUACUCUCUUCGGUCCCAAGCUAAUCGAUUCACCCCUCAAAGCAUAGGAAAAUCCACGAACCCCUCAUUUUAUCUGUUAAAAUUGCAUAGCGAAUUAAAACAAAAAUAGUGUAGUACUAGAAUUUAGAUUAGAAUGGGGUACGUUAAUCGAUUUGCUUGGGACGAAUAGGCUUGUCAAGUAAUGAGACAAUUUAAAAUCGUUAGUUUCCAACCAUGGUAAUUCGAAGAGAAAAUCGAUGAAGAGAAUCGAUCAUCGCAGUUAGGCCCUUAUGAUUCUGAACGCUAAGUAUAUAUCAUGUCAGAGACUCGAUAGUAUUUAAAAAAAAUCAUAGGAUGGGUCCUUGAGUUCACAACCACUUAAUACAUGGCUUAUAUAAUGUAAUAUAGGCUGUCUUGCCUAUAACAGCCUAUGUUACAUGAUAUAAGCCAUAGUCUGUACGGGGUAUAAAAAUGUCAUCAAAAGGGGAUCAAGUAAGAAUAUCUUUCAGAAGAAACGAACUUUUAAGAAUUUAUAUAUCACUUUGGAGGUUUUAGAAUAUUUAUAAAUUUACAUAGAGGGAGGAAUGGAAUAGUGAACAGGUGGGGCAUAGUGAGCAUCUCGCAGUUUGGCCCUGGAUCCCUAGCUGCAUGAAACAAAUCAACUGGUAGUAGGAUCAAUAUCAUUAUGAUAUUGAUCCUACCACCAAUAAAUGUGUUCCGAACGGCCGGUAGUCAAAGCUGGUGCACGGGAUGCUCACUAUGCCCCUUUUACCCCUAAGAUAUUUUCCGAAGAGCCUGGGCGAAAACCGCAUCAAUUUUAGGAUUUUUCCUCCGAGAUACUUAUGUCCAAAAUUAUACCAGGGUAUCAAGUAUGUCCUGACUCCCCCAAACAAAAACAUUCGAACGUAUUGCGUAACGUACACUGGACGCCAACAUCCAAACAAACGACACAACAUUGCUAGCAUACGAAAGCUUAAACCGAAACGGGCCAUCCACCGUUCUGUCAAUCUUAAUCCAUCAUGUUUUUAUCUGAGUGGUGUCAGAUCAGUUUAUUUUUUCAACUUCAAUAAUUGCUGGCAACAAUGGAUCAAUGAAAAUGCUGAGUUUUUGACAGAACUAUGCUGUGGCUACCACAGUAUUUUACAUUUGAUCGUCCAUAUACAGUAGCGCCAAAAGCAUGCUGUGGUGGUUUCAAAACUUGACCAUCUAAAAUGAUCAAUUGAUCAAUUUGGAUGGUCAAGUUUUGAACCCACCACAAGCAUGCUUUUGGCGCUACUGUACAUGGACGAUCAAAUGUAAAAUACUGUGGCAGCCACAGCACAGUUCUGUCAAAACCUCAGCAUUUUCAUUGAUCCAUUGGUGGGAGGGUUGAGCUCUUUUUAUUGGAACAAUCUGAACUUUUGUUGACCUCGUACCAUUGCAUAUUUAGCACUUUCAAAACCAACAAUUGAAAAGGUCUCAACUCCAUUUUGUAAACAAACCUUGUAAGGCCAUUUUGUAGCGAACCGAAGUCCAUCAACGCAAACCAACAAAAUGAACAGGUAGGGGGGAAAAUGCUCUUACGAGGUUUGUUUACAAAAAGGAGUUGAGGCCUUUUCAAUUGUUGGUGAUGAAUUAUUUAUUUCAUCAAGCAAAAGUAGACUACAUACAAUGGUUACAACGUUUUACCGUUUUACUUACUUGCAUUAUUUAUUUUCUAGCACAUCCUUGCUAUUGCUGACAGCUUCCAAGUUCUAGCAAGUUCUGAAAACUAAUUCUUUUGCAACCCUAUGUAUUUUUUAUUGUUGUAGUCACUCGAAAACUUUUAAGGUCAUUCGUGACUUGUCCGGGAUGAGAUUUGAAGUUGUGAUCUGCUGCGUGAGAGACGUGAAUACUAAAGACUUCACCCAAAGUUUCCAAGAUUCUUAUAAGCUGAAGAAAAUAAAUGGAGAUCUUGGACAUAGGCAAUUUCCGACGAUGACUUGGAAUAUUUUGAAGUUUGGUAAAAAUCGUAAAUAUCCGUAGACAUUGAAAAUAUUUCAAACUCUUUAAAAUACUGAACAUGGAACAAUUUUGUAUUAUUUUGAUCUCAUUUUGAAAGUCGAUAUUUUUUUCACAAUUCGUGUAUGAACUUUACAAUUAUUUAAAAAAAAACGAUGGAGCCGAGUAACAUAAAAAUAAGAAUAAUAAAAUAUACAAAUAUUCAUAAGUUGUUCUUCUCAUUUUUUCUGGGAGGCGACUUGAGUUUUACUUCUGUCUUCUUCCGCUUGGGCUCCUCUUCGUCCAAUAUGCGUUGCUGCUCGGUGUAGUCCACGAUGUCGAACUUGUAGAAGUAAUACGCGAUAUUCCGAUGCUUGAAAUUAGAUGGUCAUUGGUUCUGCGUAUCCCUCCAGGAAGCAUUUAUUUUUUCCCUUGAUUUGU